UGGGCAAGGGGAUGGCGCAAGAGCUGCGCUGCCUCCUGCUGCUGACGCUGCUGGGCUGGGUGGCGGCGGCCGGGAUCAGGGCCCCCCCAAGGCAGGGGGAGACGGCCAGACGGGUCAGCGCCACAGAGUUGAAGGCUGCAGUCCUGCCCUGUGGAGGGACUGGAGCUCUGUAUGGGGACCCCCCCACUCAGCUGUCACUCUCCUGGCUGUGGAGGGGCCCACGGGGCCAGGAGCUGCUGAGCCUGAACGCGACCCUGGGGGAGCCGCCCUCUCACACCAGGAUGGGCAUCGGGGUCCAGGGGUCACUGGUGCUGCCCAACGUCUCCACCUCGGACGCAGGCGUCUACAGUUGCCAGUGGGAUGGGGACAGCCGGGGAAACGUGCUGCUCAAUGUGCCAGGGAGCCGGGAGCACUACAUCUCUGGGACCCACGGGGGGCAGGUCGUGCUCCCCUGUGCCGCAGGAAAUGCCACUGCUGUGGACUGGUUCAGGGAUGCAAACAACAGGACCUACCAGUUUGACCGCGCUGGCCCUCGGCACCGGCCCAACAGCAGUGCCCUGCUCAUCGAGAGGCUGGAAUCAGGGGAUGCUGGGCAGUACCGAUGUCAGGCCAGGAACCAGAACUGGACUGUGCACCUGCACCUGGGAGGGGAGCCGUCAUUCUCGGUGCUGGCAGGGGACACAGCCCGUCUCCCCUGCAAUGGCUCCAUGCCGGGUGUCUGGGUCCAAGGCUCCCUGGCCUGGAAGCGGCUGGGCCCGGGGAUCUCGUGGCAGCAGCUGGUGGAGCUGGCGGCUCGGCGCUACGGAACCUACAAGUUCCAGCUCGCCCUGGGCAUGGGGGCAGCCCUGGUGCUGCCGGCAGUGACGCUCGACCAGGCUGGGACCUACCUCUGUGUCCGGGGCAACCACAGCCACGCCGUGGAGCUGGAGGUCACGGCCCGCACAGGAGGGUGGCAGCCCUGGAUCGUGGGAGCAGCGGCAUUUGGAUACGUUGCUAUUGGCCUGGCCUCCUUCUUUGGAUACUACCAGAUCCGCCGAGCCCUGCAGACCAGGAGGAGGAGGAACCGCCUGAUGGAUCCAGCCAGGAGGUUUUUCAAGGUGACUGGGAAUGGGGCUCACACCCCUUACGGGAAUGUCCUGCCCCUUGCAGACACUACUGAUGUCAGGCAGACAAAUGCAGUGCCCUAUGAGAACGUGGCACAGGAUGCAAGAGGGCAGGGGAGGCCACUGCCUGCAGAGGGGCCCAUCAGUACUGUUGAAUCAGAGGAUGAGGAGGAGUAUGAGCACCCGGACAGUGAGGAAGAACCAGCACCCGAGGAUGGCGAUGGCUAUGAAAACACCAAUGGGGACAUGAAAUUGUGUAUGGGGGACAAGGGGUUCAGCGAUGGCGCCUGCUACGAGAACAGUCUGGAGGAGAACAGAGCAGGAGGCAACUGGGCUUCAGAUGCUGCCCACUACACAAAUGCUCGCCAGAGCCCCGGGGCCGAAGACCAGGUCUCUGAAGACAGCGAGUGUUACGAGAACACGGAGGAGGACAGCGCCCCACUGAGCCCUGGAGCUGUGCGGCUCGUAGCAGGUGAUGGGCUCAGGGAUGGUAGGGGGCUUGGGAUCAUUCUUCCACCCCAGGAUCUGUGGGCGCUGUGUGUGUGUGUGUGUAUCCUGGGGUGCCUGUGGGUGUGUGUGUGUGGGGCGCUAUGUGUGUGUGUGUGUAUCCCAGGGUGCCUGUAGGGGGUGCUGUGUGUGUGUGUGUGGAUUCUGGGGUGCCUGUAG